AUGGAUUUAGAACCUGGUAUGGCAGAGAAUAUCGAGCCCCGACACUCGAGAGACCGCAAGGAGAACAUGGUAUCCGGGAGAGAUCGAAGUAUUGACUCAGAGUCUAUGCGAGACGGAAGCACGGAGCCGGAUUCCAUGAGAACGAUGGAAAACGAGUCGGAUUCUGAGGACGGAGGGAGAUAUAGGCAGGAGUAUCCGGAAUUGCGGGGAACUCAGCGGAGUGACUCGGUUUGCGCAAGGAAUCGGAUAGAGGAUCCAAAAACCUCGAGAGUCGGGACAGUGGACUUCAUAUCGACGAGAGAUGGAGCAAGGGAUUCACCAAGACAGAGAAGAGAGUCUGGAGAAACGGGAGGUCAAGCUGCGGAUCAGCGACCUUCGAGAGAUCCAACGUGGAAAUCGGUGUUUGUUGCGGAGCGGGAGGAAGAGCCGAAUCCCAUAGGAGAGGCCGACGACGAUUCGAGCUCCACGGGAGAGAGUGAUCGCCCGGAAUCCAUGGGGAAUAAGGCAUCUUCAUCUGCGAGGGGUCGAACCGAGGAUUUUGACUCUGCCAGAAAUCGGAGGAAGGAUCGGAGCGAGGAGUCGGGAACCGGGGCAGAUGAGGGGAUCGGAUCAAAACCCUUUCUGGAUAUGCAGUCAACUUCGGAAUUCGGGGAGGGAAGUCUAGGAGACUCGGAAUCUGGUCAAGAGGAGGACUCGCAGUUCACGGGACGCAUUGACCUAGAAUCCUUGAAUGAGCAGGGUACGAACUCGGAGGUCUUUGGGGAUUCGGGAGAGGACGGAGGUGGACGGAGAAGUCAAGAGUUGGCCGAAAAACGGAGAGAGCCCGGUGAAUCCUCGGGAGAGGAUCUUGGACAUACGAAAGAUGAAGAGAAGGCGCUAGAAUCCAUGGAGGACUCCGAUAGGACUGCGGAAUUCGGAGGAGAGGGUAGUAGGGCUCCGGUUCACACGAGAGAUCGGGAAGAUGACGAAGAAUUGAAGCUGGGAUCUGUGAAAGAUUCCGAGAGAGAUCCGGAGUCCAGCCCAGAGAGGAGUGAGGCUUCGAAAUCUGCGAGGGAUCGAACAGAGGGCUUUGUUUCAGCCCAAGAUGGGCCGAUGGAUCUGGUUCUCGCGAAGAGAGAGAACAAUGAGUCGAAACCUUUGAAUGAUCGACGGAGGGACCCCAAAUCCAAGAGCGACAGAGAGAAGGAUCCAAAAUCCCGGGUCGAACCGGAGGAGGUUUCAAAGUCGGGGGCAG